AUGAGCCGCAACUUGAGGGCUGGCGUCAUUUCUCCGCACUGCUGCAGCGUGUUUGGCCAUUCGCGUUCGGAGCUGUCUUCCGGUUUCUCCGACGUAGUUGCUUUGUCCGCAACUGCACCAGAUACGAUAAACGACUCCAGACGUUUCUUGCCGCGGCAAUGGGCCUUUUGGUUUCACCAACUGACGCCUGAUGGUUGCCUCCGGCCUGUGUGCAACUCCAACCCCAAGUGGUGCGAGAAGGCGGCCAACAGCUUCCGAAACGUUCUUGACAUAUGGAAGCGCUCGCCAAACUUUGGUGUCCGUACGGUUAGGCCUUUCGUCCAUUUUGCGUAUGCACCAGUUGACAAAGUUGCGCGGGUAGCCAUUGGCUUUGAAGACCCGUCGUUGUUGGCCUUGAAGAACUCAGGUGCAAUAACAUCGACCGACAGACGCAUGGCGAGACCCCAAGAUACGGCUUUGACCCGAUUCUAUGGCCUGCCUAAGGUGCACAAAGACGGCGCUCCUCUCCGACCCAUCGUGUCGCUCAAAGGUACUCCAGCGUACGGACUGGCUAAGUGGCUGUUCCGGCGUCUCAAGUUCCUGACCGCUGAGUCAGACACCACGGUCUCUUCGUCAGCACAAUUCCUGGAGAAACUCAAAGGGGUAAGCCUCCAUCCAAAUGAGGUCAUGGUAUCUUUUGAUGUUACAUCCCUUUUUACUUCUAUUCCCCAGGACGUGGCGAUCGAGACAAUCGAGCUGCUUCUACAAAGCAAAUACGAUGAAACAGAGAAUCGUCUUGGACGCGCCCACGUCCUUCAGCUGCUGAAGUUCUGUCUCAGGACGUACUUCACGUUCGACGGGACAAUCUACGAACAGGUGAAGGGCACACCAAUGGGUUCGCCGAUUUCGGGUUUCAUCGCAGAGGCGGUCCUGCAACGGUUAGAGUCGCUGGUCUUCCAACACCACAAACCAAAGUUCUGGGCCCGGUAUGUGGAUGAUACCUUCGUCGUUAUCGAUCGUUAUCAACUGCUGAUAUUCAAGGAACUUCUGAAUGCGGUCUUCCCGGACAUACAAUUUACGAUAGAGGAGGAAGAGAACAACCAGCUGACCUUCCUGGAUGUCCUCGUAUGCCGCAAGGAUUGUGGUGGACUAAAGACCAAAGUGUUCAGGAAAGCGACAAAUACGAUGCAAGUACUGAACUUCAACAGCAACCACCCAAUCAGUCACAAACGCAGUUGUGUAAGGACGCUCUAUCGGCGUGUCGAAACGCACUGCAGUGAGCCGGAAGACAAAAUUGCUGAACUACAAUAA